AUGGCAAAGACGUUAUUUGAUGUUGUUGACGAACUCGAUAAUUUCCCUUACUAUGAAAAUGAUCCAGACCUCUCUCAAGAGCAUCUGAAGGUGUACCACGCUUUUAAAGUGAACGGCAUUGACGGCAUACUUGGCUACGUUCCCAAUGCUGUAGUCGAGAGUUUCCCAUGGCCCAAGGACUCGUGGAUCAUUGACUCCACAGCACAAACAAUAACCCUGCUGUCGCCGCCAGAUGCGACAGUAGCAGCACGCAGUGAAAUGAUGGCACAAACGCUCCGCCAAAUGGCUGCUUCCGGGGACUUCAAAAUCCUACAAGGCUGGCGCGAUGAGCGGUUCCCCGUCUACGGACCUUGUGGGGAGGUAGUUGUCGAGAUAGAACGGUCCGCAAGUGCACUCUUUGGGAUCAUUACGUGCGGCGUGCAAAUGGUCUGCUAUACCGAGGAUGUGCACGAUGGUUCUCCCCGGUUCUGGAUUGCUAGGCGCUCGCGAUCGAAGCAGACGUAUCCGGGGAUGUUGGAUAGCACUGCGGCGGGGGGUUUAAGUGCUGGCCAGUUACCGCGGGAUGCUAUGAUAUGUGAAGCUAUGGAGGAAGCAUCACUUGACCUGGGGCUUUUGGAAGCGUCGAUGCGGUGUGUUGGUUGCAUUUCCUAUUUCCAUGUCAGGGGUCGAUUGGCGGGAGGUGAAACGGGUUUGCUACAGCCGGAACUUGAGUACCUAUAUGAAUGUAAGAUGAGGGCGGAGGAUCAGAUUCCGAAACCAAAAGAUUCCGAAGUCGAAGACCUCCGUUUAUGGACUGUUGACCAAGUCCUGGGAGCGUUGAAGAAUGGUGAAUUUAAACCAAACAGUGCGGUAGUUUUCAUCGAUUUCUUGAUAAGACGUGGGCUUAUUACACCUGAGAUGGAGCCACGAUAUAUCGAGAUCAUUACCCGGUUGCAUCGCCGACUUCCAUUUCCUAGUCCUCGUCGCUUUAAUUCCAGUCGAUGA